AUGGCGUCGAAUUCACGGCUGCAAAAGUCUGACAGCAAAGAAUCCAUUCUAUCACUAACAUCAUGUGUCAGUGGUGUCGGAACGUGGCAGGUUGGCGAUCGUGCUCGAAUUGAUCAGCGCAGUGGCACAGUAGCAUAUGUUGGACCGACUAAAUUUGCUCCCGGUGAAUGGAUCGGACUUGUGUUGGACGAUCCUUUAGGGAAAAAUGAUGGAUCAGUACAAGGAUAUCGAUAUUUUACCUGCACACCAGAUCACGGGUUGUUCUGUAAAUCUAGCAAAUUGGACCGGAUAAUGCUCUCACCAGCACGAUUCACCUCUCCGGCACCAGGAGAAGGCGAACCGAAAAGCCCUUAUGCUGCUGAGUAUGGGUUCGAUAUAGACGAUCGAGUCGUUGUGUCCGGUGGCAAGCAAGGUGUGGUGAGAUUUAUAGGCGAAACAGAAUUUGCUCAAGGUAUAUGGGCAGGUAUUGAACUGGAGCAGCCCUUGGGAAAGAACGAUGGAAGUGUGCAGGGUAAGAGAUACUUCACUUGUAAAUCACCAUACGGAGUCUUCGUGCCGGCCUCCAAAGCGCAAAAAGCACCUUCUCAAACGCCUAAUAAAAUGAAGCAAGGCCAUUAUUCGGAAAGCUCAACGAUCAAAGCGCUGCAGGAAGCGCUCCAAGAAAAAGAACGUCAUUUGGAACAACUCAUGCGAGAACGUGAAAUGGAGCGAUCAGAGUUCGGUCAAAUAGGAAAUGGUGAUCAGGCAGAAAAGAUCGCGAAAUUGAAGACGGAGAAGAAAGCUUUGGAAAACGAAUUGCUGGCAAAAGACAAACUUAUUGAAGACCUUAACUUCCGCCUAGAAGAAGAAGUAAUAGCCAAGGAAUGUCAAGUACAGGAGUUAAAGCAACAGCUCGUACCCAACUCGGAGGUUGAAGAAUCUUUGGAUACUCAUUCAUCGCUAACAAGUGAGAUUAUAAGCCUCAAAGAAGAGCUGAAGCGAGAAAAAGAGGCACAUCAACUCGCGCUGGAGUCAGAAAAAGCGAACAGUAAGGCCAAAGAGAACCUGCUGGAGGCAUUACGUUCGGAGUUUGGAGUGACUAAGGACCUGCUUGCACAUGAGCGCUUGGCUAAAGAGAAGGAUCUUGGUGAAGCGAAUGCUGCUAUAGAAGAGAAGAGUAAGCUGUUGGAAGCAGCGGAGCAGUCAUUUCAAGCAGCUCAGAAGGAAUUGGAGAAGAUGAAAGCUGAACUCCAGUCAGCUCUCAGUGAUGUGAAAACACAGAAGGAAUUGGUAGAGAACUUGAUGAACAACAAAGAGUCAGCUGAUGCAACGUUAACACAGCGGCUGACAACACUUGAAAAUGAAUUGGAAACUAAGAAGAAGGAUUGGCAGGCGAUGGAGCAAGAAAAGAAAUCUUUGGAGGAACAAUUCAAAGUCAUAGAAAAACAACUGACCGAAACGAGUGGCUCCCUGGUAGCACUACAGCAAGAGAAAUCGAUGAUGCAAGAGGCACUGGAAACCUUGAAGAGCGAGAAAGCAUCCAUCAACGAACGUUUGCUCGAGGAACAAAAGAAUAAUGAAGCAGCCGUUAAGGAGCAUUUGGAAAAGAUUAGAUUGGUUACUGUAGAGAAAGAGUCUGCAGAAGCCGCUCUUUUGGACGCAAGAACUACAAGCGAGACGCUGAAGGCCGAAAAAAUCGAGUUGGAAGGCAGGCUAGCACUUAUAGAGGAGAACAGUGACGGCGUCGCUAAAGAUGCAGAAAAUCGUUGCUCAACGUUGGAAGCCGAGCUGAAAGCAAUGUCGAAAGAGAAAACGAUCAUGGAAGAGACAGUGAAAACUUUGAAGAACGAGAUUGCAUCCAUCAACGAACGUGUACUCGAGGAACAAAAGAACAAUGAGACAGUCGUCAAGGAGCAGCUGGAGAAGAUCAGAUCGAUUACUGUAGAGAAAGAAGCUGCUGAAGCAGCUCUUGUGGAUGCCAAAAAGGCAGGUGAUUCGCUGGCGACUGAAAAGAAUGAGCUGGAACAGAGGCUAGCACUUAUAAAGGAGAACAGUGACGGCGUCGCUAAGGAUGCAGAAAUUCGUUGCUCGACGUUGGAAGGCGAGCUGAAAGCAAUGCGAGAGGAGAAAGCGAUUAUGGAAGAGACAGUAAAAUCAUUGAAGAGCGAGAUCGCAUCCGUCAACGAACGUUCGCUUGAGGAACAAAAGAAUAAUGAGGUAGUCGUCAAGGAGCAGUUGGAGAAGAUCAGGUCGGUCACUGUAGAGAAAGAAACUGCCGAAGCAGCUCUUAAGGAUGCUAGAACUGUAAGCGAAUCGCUUAAAGCGGAAAAGAUCGAGCUGGAAGCGAGGCUUGCAGCUAUCAAAGAGAACAGUGACAGCGCCACUAAAGAGGCAGAAGGUCGUUGCUCGAUGUUGGAGGCCAAGCUGAAAGACGUCGAAGCGCAGCAUAUAUCGGCCUUGACGGCCGCAAAAGCAGCACACGAUGAGUUAUUGGGAAAAUGUGGCCUUCUAGAAUCGCAGAUAUCGACGAUUGAGAAAAAUCAUCUGGACGUGAAAGAGCAAUUCAAGAACAAAGAGAGUGAACUACAAAAAGCGGAACAGGAAUUGAAGCGUCUGGGAGAAGAAGUGAAGACGCUGGUUGAAAAGCUUGAUGUUGCCACAAAAGAACAUGAUUUGGUCGUCGAAAGCAAAGCCUUGAUUGAAGAGGAGUUGCGGAAGCAGACCAGCGCCCUGAAUACUCUGCAGAAUACUGUAAAUGCGUCAAACAUGGAUCAGAGUGCUAUGGCGACAGAAUUGGCCAGCGUAACAACUCUAUGCGCUGAACGAUUGGCUGAAAACAACAAACUUCAGGAAACAGUGAAAAGUGUUGAAUCAAAACUGCAGUCUGCAGAAGCAGCAAAUGCAGAGAUCACUGCCAAGCUGAAAGAAUCGGAAGAGCGUUCGAACGAUUUGGUUAAACAGAAGGAUGACGCUAUAAGAGAGACCGGUAUCAAUAUUCAUCAAUAUUCCAGACUCAAUUCCAAAUCUGAGGAAGUCAACGCUCAGGUGAACAAAUUGAACGCUGAGUUAUCUGCAAAGCAUGCUGAGCUUGAGAGUGUUCUUCAGGAAAAAAAUGUUGUGAACGGCGAGAAGGAGAAAGCGGAAGACCAGCUGACAGCUAUGAGUUUGAAAAUUCAAGAGCUAGAACAGAAGCUGGUUGAUUCACAGCAUGCAGUAGAAGUCGAGCAAAAGAAAAAGUUGGAUGACAUUGAAGCCCAAGGUUCAGAGUUGCGCGGCGAGCUGUCUGCUGCUAAUGAGAAGAAUAGCCAG